GUCAAUUGAUAUGUAAGCCUGAGCGACCGCAGUACUUCUAGCUUCAGUGCUCACGCGCACGAGUCAACUCUGGCGUGUGUAUAUAUACGCACAUCCCAGGUGAGCCCAUCCGUAUUGUUCGGUCGACUAUGUCGUCUGUCAGCCUAGAUGGCAUGGAGGGCACAGCACGCUUCCCUUACCAAAACGAGACCUAUACCACCUGGUACAAAGUCGUCGGGGAUCUCCCAAACAGUGGUCACCGCCCGCUCGUCAUCUUGCACGGCGGGCCCGGCAUGUCGCACCAUUACAUGCUCCCGCACGGGCAACUUCACGCGCUCUAUGGCAUCCCCGUCGUGUUCUACGACCAAGUCGGCAUCGGGCAGUCGACCCAUCUGCGGGACAAGCGAGCCGGGUUCUGGACCAUGGAACUGUUCAUGGACGAGCUUGACAACCUGCUCGCGCACUUGGGCAUCCAGGGCGACUUCGACCUCCUGGGGAAUUCGUGGGGCGCGAUGCUUGCGGGGCACUAUGCCGCCGUGCGCCAUCCCGUCGGGAUGAAGCACGCCGUGAUCGCGAACGGCGGCGCGUCGAUGAAACUUUGGGAAACCGGCACGAAGCAGCUGCUUAAGCGUCUACAGGACGACGUCAGGGAGGUAAUCGAGCGCGGGGAGCGCGAGGGGAGGCGGUAUACGGAGGAGUACAAGGCCGCGAUGCACGUCUUCCAGAUGAAGCAUAUUUGCACUGUCGAUCCUUGGCCGCAAGAGCUCGUCACGUCCUUCGCUGCCACGGACGAGGAUCCCACUGUGUACGGCAUCAUGAUUGGCCCAUCGGAGUUCAACGUCAGCGGCACGCUCAAGUCAUGGUCCAUCGUAGACGAAGUGCAGAACAUCACUGCGUCUACGCUCCUGAUCAAUGCGUACGACGAUUCGGCGCAAGACAUGGCGCUGAUGCCGUUCUUCCUGAAGGUGAAGCAGGUCAAGUGGGUGCAGUUCGCGUAUAGCUCCCACCUUCCAGCAUUCGAGGAGCCCGAGAGGUACUUUGAAGUAGUCGGACGCUUCCUGACGGAUUCAGCAUAGUUAGUGCUUGCUUUAGGUAUGAAACGGUAUGAGCGAGGUAUCUGCACCGCUUGACAGUCAGACUAGCGGAAACCCGUGCUCCGCUACGGACUGGAGGUUAUCAAUGAUUGCAUGCUCCCUCGGCCGCGCGUGGACUCGGAGUCUUCACAGCUAUGAUACAC